AUGGCCAGCAAAGAGCAGUCAGUGGAGGCUGAAUGCGCGCUCCAGCUGCGUACGCUUGGAGAUCUGAUCUACUGGAAAUACAUGCUGCUGGAGUUCCUGGCGAGAACUUUACAAGCAGCCAACAAGAUCCAGCAGGAGGGACGUAAGUCCUGAAGAAGAGACACUUCAUGAAGCCUCUAACCAGGAAAAGGUCACUUGACGCAUUAGCAGACAUGGGUGCACAUUUUCUGCAUCCAUCAGAAAAAAUGAGUUUAAAAAAAACAAGCUCCUGUGAGGGUUGUUUCUGAAAUGGAAGGCAACUGCUUCACACCUUGCUGUCGGUCGAUGAUGUCUGGGGAAACUACUUCCUAUCUGCUAUUUUACUACUCUGGAGAAUGGACUUUGGACUGUGUAGUGCCAAGGACUGUAUGCGGAACUGGGUCCUGAUAUCUUCUACGAUGGCCUGGUCACAUUCUGUCACAUAGACACUAUCACAAACACCUUCGCAUCAGCAUUCCACAUUUAUUUAUAUACACCUGUAACCUGUUACAAUUGUGUUUAAGUGGUUGCUUAAAAAAAAAGGAUGCUAAGAGACUAAAUGCAAUUAAUUGUGCUUUUGACUGUUUUCUAGCUUUUUCUUUUUCAGAAAAAAAACAUGACUAACCAUUACACUUUACUUUUAAGAUCCUCUACCUCAAGCAGGCUUUCGCUGUGCGGUUUAAGCGGGCUUUAUCUAGUUUACUCCUUGACCUACUUUAUAUGUCCCAACAAAAUCUUAUGCCAAGAAUGUGUAGCAACAUGUUCUACAUAUCAGAUUAUAGAUAGAUCUUAGAUCUUUGAUUAAAGAAAAAACGUUUUACAUUCUGCUUAUCACUCAAUGCAAUAUGGAUUGUGCGGGAAACAAUGCAUGCAUAAACAGAAAAACAAAACACUCAGUGUAAUAGCAAUUGUAGCAAUGUUAUAAUUUACAGAAAAGGUGCUUUAAAAGGUGAAGAGGAGGAGUUUGGUGAAAUUGCUGGCUGGGGAAAAUAACGGACAAUACGGAAUGUCCAUUCCUCAAUGUGUGCUUUAUGUAAUAAGGAUACAGGAAGCUAUCACGCAUUGCUGUUUGUUUCUGUGCCACGUUUCUUUUCAUCCUGCCAUGACAAAAUGUACUUGUAGCUGUCCCAUGAAUUUUGCAUCAUCCUGUGCCAUCCUCCUAUUGGUGGCUUUUAGACGAGUGUUGUAGCGGCGCUUUUUAAACUCUGUGUUUUUUUAAAUGCCUUUUUAACGAUUUUUUAAACGUUGAAAGAACCUUGUCGUCGGCCAUCUUUGGCUGCAAUGGCACUAAAAUGGCCGCCGAUGAUGUAAACACAUUGCGUUAUGCUUUCUAAAACCAAUGAUCACAACUCAAAACCAAAAAAAUCUGUUUUACGAUAUGUGAUUUUUUACGAAAUGUGACAGCAAAAUCGGGUCGAAAAUCGUACAGUGUAACCCCGCCUUUAGUCUCAACUGUCUUCGAUGUCUUGCUCAUGUCUAACUGUGUGAAUGAUUUUCACAUGUACUGUCCAGAACACUGAGAUCAUCUAACUAUCUGUGGGGAAUAGGCUUCCUGUUUAUGAACCCAGUCGAGGAAUCUCUGACUAGUUUAGGUUCAGAGAUUUACUGAGCACUUUCAAAUGUUUUUUCACUGUACUAUGUUACAUUAUUGUAUAUUUCUUCUUUUAUUUUACCUGUUUGUUUUAUUUACAUAUUUGUAAUUUAUCUUUCAUUCACACUCUUGAUAAAAUACUUUUACCCAA